AUUUAUAUACUCCACCAACUAAGUGCAACACAAAUGUCCAAAAUCGUUAUUCCUCUAUUGCCUACAAACUAUUUUGACCUUUUGAAUUCUAAACCUUUUCUUCUAAAACCCUAGCCGGGAUGCUUCUCCGGCGUCUUCUCUGCGAAACCCCGAAAUCUUCACCAUUUUCGCGCGCUUUGUCCACCCAAAUCUUGCUCGGCGCCGCCACGACGGCGGAGACGCCGAGCACGUCGAAAUACGACAAGCUCAUUGACAGUGCCGGCGGGGAAGGAGACUUCGACACCGUCAAACGCCUCCUCGAGAAGCGCGGCAGAGACGGCCUUUUCAACACCUGCCGGACCUUCAAGUUCAUCUGGAAUGACAUCUCCAUGCUCGACGAUCUCCUAGCCGCCCUCUCCGGCAUCAAUCAUCGAUUCGCCCGGGAGAGCGCACACAAUUGCCUCAUCGCUCGCCUCUCGAAGCUCCGGCUCACGCCACAGGCACUGCGCGUGGCGGAGAUCGCCGUGAGCGGCGGAUUCUGUUCGAGCGCCGCCACGUUCCACCCUAUACUCAUCGAGCACACAAAGAGGAGGAAUUUCGAGGAGGCCUGGCGCGUGGUUGGGGCGAUGAAGGCCUUGAAUGUCCGGCCGGAUAUCACAACCUACAAUUACUUGCUCACCGGAUACUGCCGCGUCGGAGAUCUGGAGAAGGCUGCCGGAAUUCUAACAAAUUUGGCGGAGGAGAAGGUGGGACCUGACGACAGGACCUAUGACGCGCUGGUUUUGGGCGCGUGCAGGGUGGGGAAAGUAGAUUCAGCACUGAAGGUUUUGAGAAGAAUGAAGGAGGAAGGGAUUGUGCCGCUGCAUUCGACUCAUGCUCAUGUGAUUGGGGCAAUGGUGCGGUUGGGCUUCCACAAGCAGGCAUUUCAGUAUGUAAUGGCGUGUGCAGGGAGGGACGAGCGAUUGGACUGCGCGAAUUUAGGGGAAUUGGGGAGGAAGAUGAUUCGACGGAGGAGAUACGAAGACGUGAAGGUGGUUUUGAAGGAGAUGAGGAAAAGGGGGAUAGAAAUGGGAGAUGAAUUGAAGGAGUUUUGUGAAUGGAAUGCCAUUGAUGAUGAGGAUGACAUUGAGUUCCCCGACAGGGACAAGGUCGGGAAUGGGGAACGACAAUAUGGAGGACGACUACCUGCGGAUGUGGCCCGAAGAUGAAUUGCCUGACAUCGAUCUCUUCGUUCCAGAGCCUGCACAAGGGACUUGUAUCUCUGAUCUCCCAGGCUCUUCAGCUCCCCCUAUUUUAAGAAUGGGCUUAGAUUACACCCCUUUAAAGUUGUUCCUCUCUAUUCAUCAGAUCUUUCCAGUGGCAAGUGUGUCAUCUUCAGUCGAAAGUGAUUCUUCAGCACCUACUCUUGGCAUCUCCUCUUUAGACCUUUACGUUUUGAUUUUUGCUUCAACCGGAGACAUGAAGCAGUACUUGCCUAUCACCUUUUAGUGGUCUACAGAAUCCCCUUCAAUCGUGAGUUUGAAGAACCAUGAACAUGAAUUUGUAACCUUGGUGUUUUAUCCAGUGAAUCAUCUUUAACUUUUUUGAAUGUUGAUCUACACUUUUAAAAAUGUCUAUACAUUUUUUGUUGCAGUGUUUGUACUUUGCACUUUCACGUAAUUUGGGGCAUGUAGAUAAAUAAAAUAAAAAUGGGGCAAUUAA